AUGACCCAUGGAGUUUGCGUUGCUACCACUCACCGGGUAAGCCUCACCCGGCAGCAGUACAUAAGAGCCAACAAUGAAAUGCGCGGCAAGCGAAUCAGUGCCGCAUUUUUCCAGUACCCCAGUUCCAGCGUCAUGCCGGAACAUCUCGUGUUGGACAUACCACCUCAUAUUUUGGCUUUACGGAAGGAUAGCAAGUCGGACGCUGAAACAUUCUUUGAGAGCCUUUUCAAAACAAGUUAUAACGACGCUAUCUUGACCAAUGCUCUUACUAGCCACCCUGAGGUAGGGGCAAGGUGGUACCCAAAUGAGCUGGCCGCUACUCUGAGGAAGCUGAAUGAAGGCAAGCAGCUCGAUGUUGUGACUCUGAAGAAGAGUGCAGCUGUGUAUUAG